GAUAUAAUGACUGAAUAAAAAAUGACGUUUAAGUGCUUGUAAGAAUCUUACAAUCGUGUGAUCGAGAGGGGGGUUUAUUGUUCUGUUAUAUCGUUUCUCGGGUCUUCAACAAUGCUUCUGAAUAUGUGAUGGACCUAAUUGAGAAUUCUUGUGAAGCUUAAGCAAAGUUUAUAGUUGCUUGAAUUGAAAAUAUCUACUGCUUGUUUUGUCAUUUUGAUAUGAGGCAUUGUGCUUCUUAUUUGGUGGAAAUUUCUUGAGAAGUGCAGACCUACUUAUUAUAUAAACUUGUUUGGCAAAUGAGGAAAUUUGUAUGCGUCUUAUAGGGGCACAAACUGUUUGGGUAUCUGAUGGAUUGCAUUCUGUACACAUGAUGAGUGUGUCUGACUUGGAUGAUGCUGCUAAUAAAGUUGGCGGAGAUGCAAAUCCAGAAAUGUCCGUGCACUUCUCAGGUUUGUACAGGUUAUGGACUACGACUUUUAAGGAUUGUUCCAUGCUCAUGUGAGCUAACCUUGUGAAUCCAUAUUGGCAGCUGUCUAUUCCAUGUAAUGUUAUAUGAUAACAUCUGCCCUAUGUUAAACUUAACAUACAGUUUUGAUCAUCUUUGCUUUUCUCUUCUCUUAAUGUCUGCACUGUUUUCUGCAAUCCAUUCAUAUGGGGUACUGAAGCGAUCCAGGAUAUUUUUGUUUCUUCCAUUUGCUAGUUCUUCAAGUGAUCUUUGCUGCUGAAAAGAUACAAGAUCUUAAACCUUCUGCUGCUAAUGGUGUUAUGAUUCUUGGACAUGGUAAUCUUUAGCUCUCCUCCAAGCUAUGUCUCUUGUUUCAGCAUGCCACUAAACUAGAAAAAUACCAGAAAGAAAAUUCUAUGAGUGGUAGUCUAUGUCUGCUUGAGAAAGCACGUCAUUUACCUUAGUACUCCAUGGAUAAAAGAUAAUUUGAGGUUUUCUGGAGGAGAUUCUUUGCUAAUAUUUGGUGGUACAAGACAAUUUGACUUCUGCCUUGAAAUAGUUGUGUUGGUCGUUUUUAUUUGGAUAUUAUAGAAAAUAAAUUAUUUUUCUCCCUUAAGGUGAAAUGCGUCAUUAAAAGCGAAAAGGAGAACAACACAGCUUCCACACCAGCCAGGGGUGUGUGAUUGCUUUUAGUAGAUUGCAAUACUUAUAGAAGCUUGUUUAAGGACUUAUUGCUACAAUAUCUUUAUUGUUAACAUACUUUGCUAGAUAUGCCAUGUGAUUGUUUCCUAGAUGUUCUUAACAAUGUUUGUUCCUUUUCAGCUGGAAAUGCAUAUACAUAUGCGAUUCCUUGAAGUUGCUUGGAAAUUGUUUGCUUAGGGUAAGGAUCUAAUAUUUUUCUUCUCAAGCGUAGUCUUUUGUUCUGUCCCCCUGCUGUGACUGUUGAAUGUCCUCCCACUUUUGCAGGAAGUUUAUGAACCAGACCAUACAAGGGGAUUCCCGUGGUAUUUUGAGUUACCAGGUCAGUGUUAAUCAACAGUAUGCAUAUUCCAAAAAAGAAAAGAAAGUAAUUUCACUUUCUAAAACUGUCUUGUACAGUACAAUAUGUUUACAGAAAUGCUAUGGCGUUACAAUUCGAUUUUGAAGCACAAUCAUCGUGUGACUUAUGUACUGGUGUGCAGUUGGCCACCUGUGAGUGCAAAAUGGUUAUAUCUGCCCCAUUGUUGGUCGAUUCAGAAGUUGCUGUUGUUUCACUUCUCAAAUACUUGAUAUGGUUGAUGCGGGAGCAUUGCAUUCGUCAAGGUAAGUAAAUGGUCUACUUUUUUGCCAAAGAAAUAUUUAAUUAGCGUCUCACCAAAAUUUAAUAUGCUUUUACUUGCCAAAGAAAUAAUGAUGUAAGAUCAUCUUGGUUAGCACCGUGGCCCGCCCUGUUUUUGUGCAUGUAUUUCUUAAGGUUACUACUGUAGACUGCUGAUUAACACUGACCUGGUAAAUGCAUCUUUCCAUGGUGUUGUCAUUAGUCCUUUCUAGUACUGAUUCUGUAAGUGAAAAGCUAACUCAUAAUAAAUUAAUUGUUUGUUUCCCUAAACAAGCUGUUGAAUAAUAGCAAUCAGGAAAGCUUUUUUCCUUGCAUUUAACUCGCUGUAAUCCUAAUAUUCUCAGAUGUUGCAAACUAAUCAUAAUGCUGUUGGUUAAGUAACUGUAUAGUUAAUUAUCAUUCUCAUGUGUCAAUCUCGUGAUCAGUCUCUAAUUUAUUGUUUUAUGGAUUUGCUGGCAAGGUUAAAUGGGAACAAGUUGGGAGCUCUCCGUUAUGGAUUUGCUCAUUGUGGGCAAACCUAGUCUUGGACACACAACUCUGAGACCAACUGCUCGUUUUCUGCUGCAGCUUCCAUUGUGUUGGUUCUAUUUGACAGCAGAUGGUGUUUUGGCUUGUUCUACCCACGCCGUGGAGUUAGCAUAGCGACUUGUCUGUCGACGAGAACCGAUCCAGCAGUUGGUUGAAGAAAGAUCAUCACGGUAGGAGUCAGCCAGAUUUUGUUGCUUAUUUUGUUGGAUAGAAAUUUCACAUGUAUGGCGUGAUGAACAUCUAUAAAGCGGUGCAUGUUGGCCGCCCUCAUUGCCAUAAAACAUUUUAGCAAGCUGAGCUUGUGAUUUCGUUGUCUGUGUUACUGUGCUGAUUUCCUGUCUUUGCUGAAUAAAAGUGUGAGGUUAAUGGAACCCAGAAGAAGAUGACCCUUAUGUCCAUAUUGUGCCUCCUCCAAUAUUAAAAGAAAUCUGAAUAGUAGAAGUGUGGGGAAUAUGUCUUAGGCGGUCUGUUGUAGCCUUAUGUCGUCAGUGGCGAAUACACGAGACACCUCUAAAAUUUGAGAAAACGAUUAUCCAACCCUCGAUUUCAGUUUCGUACGGAUAAAAAAAUUAUAAUUAAUAAAUCGGGACACCCUUAAAUUUUGAAAAAAAUAAUUACCCUACUCUCCGACAGUAGCUUCUGAAUGAUUAAAAAAUAUAAGUGUAGUUUGUGUUAUUCAAACCUAAGUACAAGAGAAGGAGAAGGACAACAUAAGAAGAAGUCAUAAAUUGGAAAUUGGAUGGGGCCUUGGGGAGCGCUUAUGUAAGGGAAAGGAUAAGGUAACAAAGCUCUCUCUCAAUCUCAUCUUUGUGCAGCAGAUUAGAGUUUCUUACUUUCUUCCCACAGUACGAGCACUUUUACUAUGCUAUAUAGUAUUGGUGCUUUAAUGUACAACUUAAAGUUGUACCAUAACAUUAAAUGUAUAAGUUUAGGUUGUACCAUAAAGAAAUUUGUAUCAUUAUGUUGUGGUACAACUUCACAACUUGAAGUUGUACCAUCACAUAAAAGUACAAGUUCAAAUUGUACCGUAAAAGAAUUUGUACAAAACAGUAUAGGUACAAUCUGAAGUUGUACCAUAACGUAAAAGAUACAACUUCAAGUUGUACCAUAAAGACAAAAACCUAUAGCACCAAUGCUAUAUAACAUUGUAAAAUUCCUCUAUUCCUUAAUCUCAAACUAUUUUCAAACCUAAAAGUUAAACUAAUUACGCGCUACUCUUAAUUUGAAUUGAUUUUAUGGUUUCACGACAAGAGUUAAAAAGAGUCUUUCAACUCUGAGUUACAUAAAGAACAAGGUUAGAAAUCAAAGAUGCGAUCAAUUCGUGAAUUAUUGUCUAGUAGGAUAUAUAUAGAUUUCUUGAGCAAUACAGACAUCGAGUCUAUUUUAUAUUUUUUUCAGAAUAUGAAAACAUGUCGUGACCUUUUAUUAAAUUUGUACUAGUCGAAUAUUAUUUCAUUUAUGAAUAUUUAAUUUAAUUAUUUAUUAUUAAUUUAAUUUUGGACGAGGACAAUCCUAUAAAAAAUUUCUGAAUCUGCCACUGUAUGUCGUAGUGGGAGAUGGAUGAUAAAAAGAGUAAUGAAGUUGGUGUGAUUUGUAUUUUAAGUGUUCGGAUCAUACCCAUCCAACAUAGGGGUUUCUAUACGGUCCGGUCCGGUUAAAUUGGCCCGAAUUGAUCCGAUUCCAGUCUGGUUUUUUCGGUAAUAUAAGGACCAAAGAUUGGAUUGGAUACAAUCUGGUCUCAAUUCUGUCUUGAUUUUAGAUUGAGCUUGUGGGAAUUUGACUUGUCUGAGGACUCAAAGGGUGAGGAGUUGGUUAAGUUUUGGGUGUUGGAGUCUCUUAUCCUAUCUUUAUUCGGUUUUCGAACGGUUUUUUACCUCAAAUCUAAGCCUGAAGAUUGGAUUGGAUUGUUUACUAUCCGGUCUCAGUUCGAGUUAUACGGUCCGGUUUCGGGUAAAAUCAAAUAACCCAAACCAAAUAACCAGCUCUAUCCGAACAUGUGUUAUAACUAUGUUCUAGACUCACUCGCUUCAACAUUUCGACGGUUCAUAAUCACUUGAGCAUCAUAAUUAUCUCUUAGACCUCUCCUAUUCAUUUUCUUUCGUUUUACAAAUAAUAUAUCAAAGGAACUUCAAUUAACAUUGAUAUACAAUUGUUCGAGGAUGAUGAGAGUGGGGUUUCCCUUAACUACAUAUAUGAUGUAGUUUUGGUAUGUCAUGGAGAUGGUUAUGAUUUUAAAAUCAUUGUUUGGGAAUGAUCUAUAAGAAAACCGACCCCAUUAAUAGAAACCAUCGAGAUUAAAAGUUUAAAUAGCUUGUUCUAAUGAGUUUGUUGAAUAUUCACGAAAACGAAGUAAUACUGAAUAUAUACCUCAAAAAAGCUCCAAGAAAAAAUUUGAACAUAUAAUUGUUUACCUUAAUAACACAAUGUCAUAUUACUGGGUAUACAUUAACAAAAACAAUGUUGAAAUACAGAUAGAACAGAAUCUGAACAAGAACGAACUCGUGCUUCCGCGAAAAUCCCAUUUUGAAUGUCGAUCGCUGCAAUUCAAAACCAGCUGUUCAAUUUCAAAGUCUUAAUUAUUGCGUGGCAGGAGGGACUGGUGCAGACAAGAUUGGUCAUCACAGAUCUAUAUAAAUCUCUCUCUCAAAAUCCCCAAAAACUAGAGACAAAAACAGAGGAUUCAUCAUCAUUACAUAAACUGUUUGUUCUUCGCCCCAAUCAAUACUAAAACAGGGAUACAUCCCUUUGUUGCACAAAACCGUGAAAACCCAAUAACACCAUUGGCAAACAAAGACAAUGGAAGGAAGCAAACUCAGUCGUAUAGGGUUGCAGCCAUAUCGCAGAGAGAGACAAGAGUGAGAGUGAGAGUCGAGGGAAACGACAGAGGUGGACGGAGAUAAGGGGGAGAGAAAUCAGCUGGGGAAUCUGUUUGGAGAUACUUUAGAGAUUAAAUGCAUGCAAGCUACAAAAUUUUGCAGAAACCCAGAAGGAAAAGGGGGACCGAUAAGGAAACGAGUGGCUGGAGUGAAAGAAAGAGCGACUGCAAAUGUAGUGAACUGGGGGAAAGAAAGAGGUGGGAAGAAGAGGGUUUUCCCUUUCAUUGAAACUUACGUUGCAUUGCCAAUCAAAAACAAAAACUGACGCUUUCUAUCAUCAUGAAUCAGUCUCUCCCACAUGCAUCCACUUCCCGCAUUUGCUGAAUCAAUCGUAUUAUGUUUUAGCCACAUAAUGCGCAACCCUCCUUCCCCCUCACCUCUCGCUCUCUCGUACUCUGUUUUUUUUGGAUUCACAUCGACCCACCCACAACCACUAGGGAUGGCAAUUUCGACCUGACAUCAUUUCGCCUACGGUCAUGGGUACCUCUCAUCGACCCGACCUGCCCUGGUCCGCCCCAUUCUCGACCCGUUCUUGCCUAUAUUACAUAUAAUAUUAGUCAAAUUACUUAGGAUUUUCCUCUUAUUACAUUAUAUUUUAGAUAUAAUAAAGUUGUAAAUAAGUGAAAACCUCAAUUUCUUCAAUAAUUUAACUACAUUUUAUCAUAUUAUGGUUUCUUUCUUGGUCUUUUAAUGAAAAUAACGAAUGUUUCUAAUGUUUUUCGCAUAAAUUACAUACCCAAUGGAUCGACCUGCCCCGACUCGCGCCCCGUGAUAAAUUACCCGACCUGCCAUGGGGCGGGUAUGAGUAUCGAGAUACCAGCCCCGGACCUGCCCCAUUGCCAUUCCUAAUAACCACAUGUGGCUUCUUGCAUUCUUCUUUCGCUAGUCCGAUUAUGCACCCAACUCGGAAAAAUUCAUCCACAAAUCAAAAUCUUAAACUCAACUGGGAGAGGUGGUUUUUGUUUUUCAAGAGUACUAGAAGCUAUGAAUGGAUUCUAUGAGCUUUUCUACAUGUUCCGGGUGCUGCAAAAGUCGCGAUUUCAAUCGUGACAUUGACAUAAUAAGUUGUGACAUUCAAGAAACUUUUGCACAUGUCGCGGCCGGCCAACACAUGUCACGGUUGAUAUCGUGACAUGGGCAAGACAGUUGUGGCUUGUGUAUCUGGUGCGGUGCGUUUCUAAUCGACGUCACGUCCCCGUCAAACAUCAUUGGCUCGUGACAUGCAACCGUGACUCGUGCACUGUUUCGGGUAUAAAUGGUUCUACUGUGAUUUUCACAAGGGAGAAUUGGGGUUUUGGGAAAAGAAAAAACACUCAAAGAGAGGGAGAGAGAUCAAGGAAGGUUCUUGGAGCUAAAUUGGAGGUACCCACCACCAUUAGAGCUAGAAGAUCAAACCUAGACAUGAAGAUUAAAGAUCUUGAUUUUUAUAUUGUGUUCCCACUCCUCUCUCUGCAAUAGUUCUCCUUUCACUUCUAGUAAUUUUUAGCUUGAUUGAAUGAUUGUAUGUAUGAGUACUCUAUCUUGAUAUUCUUGUGUCCAUAUCCAAUCUAUGCAUGUUUUUAUGUUCAAAUCUUUCCUGAUCAAGAUUAUUGACUAUGCUUUGACCAUAUGCGAGAGAAAAUCUAACUAGGGCAAUAGAACAUCAUAAAUUGGGAGUAAGGGCUAGAUUGCACAAGCCCGAGUCAGGUCUUUGUUUUGUAUUGUGCGAGAACCUCACCUAAUAGUCGUCUAGUGCCGAACGCCUUAAUCAAUUGUUUUAGAGAAGGGUAUGCCCGGCUCUAAGCAGCCCACUCAAGAAGGCCUUGAUUGCUCGAAUAGAGAUUCAAUGUGUAGUCAAGGAUCCUCCUCAUUAUGAAUGAAGCAUGAAUCAAGUUUGAUGAUCGUCAAUCAUUAAUCCAGUCAGUGGCUUGGGGGAAUCAAUGCCUAAGUUAGCUCCCAACUUGUAAUUAGUUAGUUUAGUUUCUUAAUCUCAAAUUUCGUGUGGCUAGAUAACAAAUCGAAGCAGAGUAAUGGUCCACCUAGAGACCCUAGGGUGGAACAGGCAGUUGCCACAUCGAGUGGAUGGUUGGGCACACCGAUUUGAGCGAUUUAAACGGUUAACCUUUUGGACUACUCACAAGCCUAUCGGUUUAUAGAUUACAUAUUUUUAUCAUACCGAUUUGGUUAGGUGAUUGGGUCCUAGUUUUACUGGUCCGACCAUCCAAUCCAUUUUAACAACAUUGCUACAAAUGUCACUAAAAUGUUCAUGAACAAAAUUUUGUUUUUGUUAAAAUUUACACUAAAAGUUUUCUGAAAUGGGGCAGAGGGAGAGUAUAAUAGUUAAUUACAAGUUUUUUUCAAAUAAAUCCACUUUAAACGAAAUCUUGGCAACACCUCUGAAACUUUAAUAGAAGUAAAAUAGAUUUUGGAUGUCUCACAAACUUUUAGCUGCAGUUCCUUAUCCUUUAGAGUUUAGAGCGUCGAAACCCACUCUGAAAACAACCCAACGUCGGAUAUCUAGCCUCUCCAUUGCUUAUCAACUUGUAAAUUGCAGUCCAGAAUAAUAUCUCAAUCAGGAAAAGUCCCAAUCCAGUAGUGGACCACUUUGCCUCUUUGUUUUUUUCAUAUCUAUCCCCCCUCUAUAUCGGAUUGUGAUCACAAGGUGUCUGUCUAUAAGAACAUGCUCACAACAUCCCGUGUCCAUCCGUUGAUUACGGAGCGUCCGCACUUGAUUCGAAAAUUGUAAGAACGCUAUAAUCAGUUUGAUCUAUAUCAACCAACAUGUACACAAAAUCAGUGACAAAAGAUCUAUAAUGAAUGGUAAAUACCAAGUAACGUGACUAUAUUAGUUAACUCGAGUUACUUUAACAGAAGCCUAAAAUUCGUUAUCAUCGAAAUCGAUUUUCUAACUCCGGACGGUGUCAUGCAUGCUUAGAACAACAAAGUCCGAUGCUCAUUACCUUUCAAUGAUCAAGAUUCAAGAACAUUGGUCCACACAAUUCUCUCAGUUUCAUUGUUUGGUUUAGGUCAGACACAUUUUCAGUCUAGCAAGACAAGCAAAGCUUAGUUACAUUCAUCCAUCUUGGCUGCUCUGCUACUUCUGUAUUUGAAGCAGAGGCCAAGAUUACUGUUCAUGCAUCUCUCUCUCUCUCUCUCUCUCUCAAUUUUCGAAUCACUUUCUUCCACAUCAUGCAACACUUGCAUGAGUAGAAGUUAUAGAAUGUCCCCUCCAAGUUUUCUGAAAACAAAACCAACUUGUCACUGAUUUUCACCCCACACAACAGCAAAAAGUCCUCCAGGCUCCAGGGACAUUUUUAUAUCGACAAUUUUGAAAAAAUGGCUGUCAAAUAACGUUCAAUAGUGCGAGAUAGACUUGAACCGUACAAUAUGCAUCCAAAAGAAAAAUCGUACGGACGCAUCGAAAGCGAACAAUAUCUUAAUAAAAAAAUCCUGAUGUUACUAAAGGGAAAAAAAAUUUCAAAGAGGGUAAUCAUGCAUUAAAAAAAAUACCUCAGACUGGCGACCAUUUAUUAUAUGCCAAGCCCUGAAUGGUGAAAAACAGAUAAAUGACAAAAGAUUUAUCUCUCCCUUAGUCUGGAAAGAGAAGCGCAUGCACACUAGACCUUCCCAAAGUCAUAUAAAAGAAAAGGAAAUACCUUCAAGAGACGGCAUUUCCCUCCCAUGUCUGUGUUUCCACUUGUUACUGUGGAUCACCAUUGAUCAUAUGGCUUCAUCAAUGGAAAACCCUCAAAUCAGCUCGCGACGAAGAGACGAAAUGCCCGAGUCGAGUCUAAGAGACUAUUGGGGCGUGAGGUCUCAACUGAGCCGUGACACCAUCAGGUCCAGCAGAAGGUUUUCAGGUUCCCAUAUCAGAAGCUUCAGAGAAGAGGCCAAUAAUGCCAAGUCUUUCAGAUCAUCCCAAUUCACCAUUUCCAGCACUGCUUCCUCUCCAGGCUACCCUUUCAAAGAAGAGAUCGACCCAUCGACAUACUCAUUCACUGCUGCUCUCAAAGCUCUGCAGACUAGGUCAGGGCAAUGCAACAGCUGGGCAGGGGAGUGUUUAUCCCCAGAUGGGUUUGCUCUGCACUCCAAGUGGAAUGAAGCUGAGAAGUACAUAUGCAAUCCUCUCUCAGGGCAGGUGCCCAUGGAGUGUCUUUCGGCGAAGACGCUGAGUGGCAGAUCGUUUUACAACAAGAUUACAGUGUCUGCUCCUCUUGUUUACUCUUCUUCGUCCACCUAUCCGAGGCAAAUCCAGGUCAACAAGCCUGCUGCUGUUGUUGCAGCUUCCCAGGAUCAUCACAAACACGUUACUUCACCCAUUCCAGAAAGCAAGACGGAGAGCUCAGGAAGCACUAGAGAUAUUGGAACACAGAGCACUCCACCACCUGAGGAGCUCAGUUCUAGUGGGUCUAGCCCCCGUCAAACCGCUGCAGUAACGGAGAGAUCAUCACCAUUGAAGAGACAUGAAGCAGAAGGUGGAGAAGAUUCCCCCAACUGUAAGGCAACUGUUCUGAAAGCUGCAGAAAAGCCUCAAAUGGAAAGAGAAUCUACGAAAACAGACGGUAAGAAAAAGGAGGAGGUAAUAUGGAGAUGCAGUAGCUACAGCAACAGCAGCAGCAGCCAAGGUGGUUGCCUGUCAUGGAUGAGGAAGAGGCAAAGAGAGAAACACAAAACACCAAGCAAGAAAAACAUCUUCCUGCGUAAGCUCGAAGGCUGCUGAUAUCGGAAACCCAGCGAGCUCAGAGAGCUAAGCAGUGGGCAAGGGAGCUAUAAUAACAAUGACAAGCUUAUGAGAUGGUCUUUAUAAGAACAGAGUAGCUGUUCCGUGGUGACAAUAUCAGGAGGGUCUGCAGUUCUUUAUCUUUUGUGGUUUCGAUCUUGUAGUUUCAGACUCAAAGUGAUGCUACCUUCUGUUGUUUCUUCUGCAAAGGGUGGGGAAAAAAUGAAAAUGAGGUUGUUGCCAGCUUUUGGGUUUUUGCUUCUGGUAGUGUAUGGAGAAAGAUUCUGUUUUUCAACAGAAACAUGGAAUUCACCGAAUAACUAAAGUGAUUGAGAAAACUGAAGAGGCUCCACCCCUGUCACGCAAGUUGCAAAAGAUCAAGAAAUGCACGAGGAACAA